AUGUCAAAAGUUAAUGAUGAACUAGAUUGUAAUGAAAUUGUUCCACGAUUAUUUCUCGGAAGUGAAGAUGCUGCCUAUGCAGAUAUCAAUAUAUUAAAAGGAGAACCCUAUAAAUUCACUCAUAUUUGUGUAUGUGGUUUCGGGCUCAUUAAGAAACAUGAGAAAACAUCUCAAAUUGAAUAUCAUCAUAUCAAGGCUGUUGAUUUACCAGUUUAUAACAUUACAAAAGAUGUCAAAUCAUGUGCAGAGUUUAUUGACAAUGCACUGAAUGGAGAUGAAAAUAAUAGAGUACUUGUUCAUUGUUCAAGAGGAGUGAGUAGAAGUGCCUCCAUAGUAACAGCCUACUUGAUGUUGAAGAAGGGAAUGACAUUUGAAGAAGCAUACUAUGGUAAUGUAAAGAAGAAACGUUCCAUUGUUUGUCUCAAUCAAGGAUUUGCAGAACAAUUAAAAGGCUUGUAA